UAUAUAUUCAAGUAACACUACGAUUUAGUAAAUCUAUUUUUUAAUUUUUAUUUUACUGCAUUUUCUAAACAUAUUUUUUAAAAAUGAUUUAUUUUACUAUUUUAACUUGUUUAUUAGUUAACUUAUCAGCAGUAAGCACAUCCGUAAAAGAACGUCAUUGCAAUUUUUCAAGAUACAUAUUCAGUUAUUUUAUAUAUUGUGAACGAUAUUUGUUACGCUUUAAUAAAACUGUCGAAAAUAUCUCUGAAGAAGAUUUAAAAAAAUACGGAGAAGCAAUUCAGUCUCAUAGUGAUAUCAUAUUAUUGAUGCUUGCAGAAUUAUACUGUUUGAAAAGUGAUUAUUACGCGAGAGACUUGAUGGCUGUAAAUUUAUAUCUAAACAAUGUAUCAGGGUCAGUCAAUAUAAUUAGUAUAAACAUAUCUAAUGAAAAUACAAAAGAAAAUAAGAUAUUGCUAUUACUGGAAGGGUACCAGAAGAUUCAUGAACAUAUUUCGGCACAGUUAUUUCAUUAUAUUAGAAAUGAAUGUAAUGAUGAAAUAGUGGUGUCAAAAUUUGUAGUAUAUCCAAAAAUUAUAGAUGAAUCUUGCACACUAAAUAUGGAGCAAUUAAUUUUGGUAACUAAGGAUCUAGAAAAUAAAAUUACGAAGGAAAUAAAUACUAACUCAUGUACACAUAACUCUAAACAUUUAUUUUAUCCAAAAAAUAUAAUCCAUUAUGAUUUAUUCACCUACCAACCUAUUGAAAAUGAAAAUAAUUUUAUGGAUGGAUCUCAAAAAAGACAAAUUAAAGCGAACGUAGCACACGAUUACUUAAAUCUUCUGCGAUUUACUCCCUUAAAUAUACAAUGUGCGGACGGUAGUAAUUUAACUUUAUCAGAUGCAUUUCGAUUCAUAAAAUUCCAUUUUUAUCAUCGUCAUGUAGCAUCAUUUCAAAAACUAAUUAGAAGAUUUAUAUUAUAUCCUUGUUUAGUAUUAUUAAGUAAAUAUUAUAAUCUUCUUAUUAGUCUUACAACUUCCAAUAUAAACUCAUGGUAUUACAAUAAAAAUAUUUGUCCACUUAUUACACCAUUAGCCAAUACAGUAAUAGAAUAUCUGAAUAAAAUAAAAGAUCUUAAUAUUUUAGAAGAGACAUGUUAUGAUUUAGUUAGCUACUGUAAAAAAAUAAUAAAACAACUUUUGGAAGUUUUUGAUAGUAAUUGGCCAAUUACUAAUAAUAAUAUACUCAUCAAUCAUUUUGAAUCAUUAAAAUAUGCUUCGUUUCACAAAGGCAUAAAGUUGGAAAGGGAACCAACCAUUACAAUUACAGAGGAUAAUUUCUAUUUUAACUACAACAGUAUUAUUCAUUAUGGAAAUCAAGUGAAAAACUAUAUUAUCCAACUAGUAAAACACAAAGAUUUGAUUAUUUCACAAAUGCAUUUGCACAAACAAAGGAAACGAGGCAAUAUACGACAAAGAAAAUUUUUGACUGAUGCUGUUAUUGAUAAAUUAUGUAAAAAUGAUAUAUACAAAACUUUGAAUGGAACAAAUGAUUUGGACGAAAUUGAAGAAGAUUUGGUAAAUGAUGAUAAGUUUGCAGAACUUGGAUUUGUAAAAAUUGAAACAUCCUUAUCUAGUAUUCACAACGUGACAAGUAUUGAUAAGGCGAACGAAUUGGAUAAUGAAACAACAGAUGCGUCAACACAUAUCUUAUUUUACAUGGUCGAUUAUUUAAUGUAUACAAUUCCUAUCAGCACAAAAAAUGAAUAAUGCAUGCAAUAAGUUCAAAAUAAAAAUUUCGUAAAAAAUCAAAUAAUGCGUAAUAUUUUUUUUUAGUUCAAAAAAUAAUUGUAAUACUGAUAAAGUUUACUUUUAAUAUUUUUAAUUACAUAUUUAUCUCAAUAUAAGGUAUAAGAAAUAUUUUUGAUGUUCAGCUCUUAUAUAUUAUGAGAGUAUCAGCUUUUGUACAACUUAUGUAACUUUAAAUAUUAAUUUUAUGACUAUUUUUUUAGCUUCGAUGCGAAGCUGAGAAGGUAUUAAUUUUACUGUGAUGUGUUUUUUAUUUUUAUCUGUUACCAAUUUUCUCAGCUAUUAUCGAACCGAUUUUUUCAACGAUACGUCAAAAGAUCAUAAGUCCUAUCUAUUCGAAGACAUUACCCUCAAAUUUGAAAUAAUUUCCCUUAUUUCCCGUAAAUGGGGGGAAUAUCCAAAAAAAUUACAAAUUUAAAAAUCCCUAAAUUUCGACAUUUUUUCAAUUUUUAUUACUUAAAAUUGCCAUAACUUUCUUAAAAAUGAACAAAUCAAUAUAAUUUUUUUUUUCAUAGAUACUGAUGUCUUUACCUAUCAUUUUGUAUAUUUUUUUUAUAAAUCUGACUUUUUACCUGCCCACAGGAGGGGAUUUAAAAUGACAAUUUUUUUACAAAAAAUUAACAUUUUCAACUUAAAUUUUGAAAGUGUUUAG